GGAGGUAUAAAAGUCUUUGGGGGCCAGGUCUCUACGCGGCUUCAGACAAGUCUUCUCCUCACGAGCUCCUCACCAACAGUCCUAUCACACACUGUCUCAAGAUGGCACCCAAGAAAGCCAAGAGGAGGGCCGGAGCAGCCGCGGAGGGUUCAUCCAACGUGUUCUCCAUGUUUGAGCAGAGCCAGAUUCAGGAGUACAAAGAGGCCUUCACAAUCAUUGACCAGAACAGAGACGGUAUCAUCAGCAAGGAUGACCUUAGGGACGUCCUGGCCUCUUUGGGCCAGCUGAACACGAAGAAUGAGGAGCUGGAGGCCAUGGUUAAGGAGGCCCCAGGCCCAAUUAACUUCACCGUCUUCCUGACCAUGUUCGGCGAGAAGCUGAAGGGUGCUGACCCCGAGGACGUCAUUGUGUCUGCCUUCAAGGUGCUGGACCCUGAGGCCACUGGCUCAAUCAAGAAGGAAUUCCUUGAGGAGCUCCUGACUACCCAGUGCGACAGGUUCAACGCUGAGGAGAUGAAGAACCUGUGGGUCGCCUUCCCCCCAGACGUGGCUGGCAAUGUUGACUACAAGAACAUCUGCUACGUCAUCACACACGGAGAGGAGAAGGAGGAGCAGUAAGAAACGGAUUGAAGAACAGAAAAUGAAGAGAUAAAAUACUCAUCCCUCAUUGCUCUACCUUCCCGAUCCUUUCUUUGUCUUCCUCUUUUUUUUUUUCCCCCAACGCCACAUUUCUUUCCCUCAACUCCCUUCCCUUUAUAAUCCUUGUCUCGUUCACCUGUGGGAACUCUCGCUCACCAAAAGGAUCUAAAGACUCUAAACUGAGAGAGCAGAGGGGGCCCAUAGGGGGUCUGUCAUGUUUGUAAGUGGGGACAAUGGGAUUAUUUUCAAUAAAAUGAUCUAAUACCA